CACAUCUCCCACCCUGGAAGAGUGGGGAGUGUCGGGACUCUACUCAAAGGAACCUCUGUAGGAAAGAAAGGCAGAGGAAUUAUGGAAUCAUGCUUUCCUUGGAUGAGGUCAGAUGGGAGUCUAGGGUCUGCUAAAGAACCUUCUCUGUGCUAGUACUGGUUUCCUGGGAAAUCUCGAAUGACCCACAGAAUGUAGCUUCAGGUUUGACAGAUUUCCAGUGUUCUUUGCAAGAAGAGUAGUAAUGUCUCUGGGAGCUAAAGCAAUUUCUGUCUGUCCCCACAUAAGAACAUCCUCUUUUACCCCAUGUGUCUAGACUCUAAUCUCUUUGUCCUGCCUGUUUACAAAUGUGAUACUUCUCUGUGGCUGAUCCCAGAGGCCUUCAGAGCAACCUGCACAGAACUGUUUCAUGACUCCAACUUGGUACCUGCCACUGUCAGCUUCCUCUUUCAUUUUGUUCCUCCCACAGUUUCUGUUCUUUCAUCCCUCUCUACUCAACUUUUGGCCUUCCUGGUGAACCCAUUCUUAUCUUAGGUCUUCUUCUGUUGUUUAUGAUGCUUGUCCAUUGGACCAUUCUUAAUCCUCCCUGAUGUUUCUCCACUCUUUUCUCGAAUCACCCCCUCCCAGUCCAGCCACUGUUAGUCCUAAGUCCUCUCUUCCUUUGCCAUCUCCCAAUUUCCUCCUCAAACGUUGUAAAACCAUUUUGUUGGUAUAUUGAAGCUGUGUACUUCUAGUAUAAGUGUUUCAUUUUAUUUCCUGUAUAUUUCAGUGACAUUUGAAUACUGUAUUUUUUAUUUCGGAUGAUGUGAUACGAAUUGAGAAAGAAGAAUUGGUUCAAAAGCAGGAGCUUACUGUAGAUAUGGAAUCCCAAGAAAAGUUAUCAGACCAAAUCAAUGGAGAGGCUCUUGAAUGUGGAGAAACCCAAGAACAUGAAGGAUGGACAGAAAGAUAUCAGAGAAACACUUCAAAUGACAGAAGAUAUAAAUGUGAUGAAUGUGGAAAAAGAUUCACUCAAAACUCAAGCCUCAUUAGACAUAAAAGAAUCCACACUGGAGAGAGACCCUGUUCAUGUAAUGUAUGUGGCAAAACUUUCAUUCAGAGCUCACAACUUACUGACCAUCAGAGAAUACAUAGCCAAUUAAAACCGUAUCAGUGUGAUGAGUGUGGAAAAGCCUUUUAUUACAGUUCACACCUUGUUCAGCAUCAAAGGACCCACACUGGAGAAAAACCUUUCCAAUGUAAUGAGUGGAAAGCUUUUCAUUACAGCUCAGGCCUUAUUCAACACCAAAGGACCCACACAGGAGAGAAACCAUACCAGUGUAAUGACUGCGGGAAAGCUUUCUCUCUGAGCUCACAUCUGAUACAACAUCAGAGAGCCCAUACUGGAGAGAAGCCAUACCAGUGUAGUGAGUGUGGGAAAAGCUUCAGUCAGAGUUCAGGCCUCUUCCGUCACCAGAGAAUCCACAGUGGGGAGAAACCAUAUGUGGAUGAGUGUGGAAAGGCUUUCAGUCAUAGUUCAGCUCUUAUUGGGCACCAGCGAAUCCACAGUGAAGAGAGGCCCUAUGAGUGUGAUGUGUGUGGGAAAGCUUUCAGCUAUAGCUCACAUCUUCUGGGACACCGAAGAAUCCACACUGGAGAGAAGGGCUAUGAAUGCGAUGUGUGUGGAAAAGCUUUCCGGCAGAGCUCACACUUCAUUGUACAUCAGCGAAUCCACACUGGAGAGAAGCCCUGGCGAUGUCAAGAGUGAUGUAGAAUUUUCCGUCUAUGCCCAUUCCUGUGGGACAUCAUCAGAAAAGCACAGCUAGAUGUAGGGAACUCUGUGAUCACUAUUGCAAUUUCAGCAGUCAUUUGAAAAUACUUAUAGAGGCUGAAAUAGGCAGACACCUGACAGCUUACCAAGCAAGACAUUGUGAUGUUCUGCCACUAAGCACAUCAUGUGAUGAACUGGGACUUUGGAAGGGCUCAUUCCAUAUUCUCAAACUUUUCUUCUCUGAAGCAAGUGGCUCAGGCAAUCUAAAUGGUCUGUUAGACAAAUAACAAGAUUUUAGAGAUUACUACUGUUUCUUUUCCCUUUCCCUUUUUAUUCUCCCGUUUUCUUUGGAGUUGGAAUAAUAAUCUUGUCUAAAGUGUAAAUUUAGGAUUAACAUCUGAUCUGCAUUUUUUUAAAAACCAUGAUUUUUUGGUUAACUUGAUAAAAUACAUUAACCAAUCAAUUACAUACACUAAAACAUUGUGCAAUACAAAAGCCAUUUUGUAAUAUUGGAAUGAACUAUGAUUUGCACGGGUAGGAUGGGUUAGUGGCAGUAGAGCAAGAAGAUUUACCAUGCAAUUUCCCAGUGACCUUUCACAUCUUAAACCAGAGAGAGCAAACAGGCCAAUGGGCUGUAGUUGGCCUGCACAUGCAUUUUUCUCACAAAGUAUUUUUGGUGAUAUGAAAUUAUUGCAACUACUUAAGUUCACAUAAAGUCUGACUUUCCAGAUUCUCUUACAAAAAUGCAUGAUGUGGCAACAGUGGGCACCACAUUCCCAUGUGGGAACAACUGACUGGAGCUGAUUAUCACUGUUGUCUAGUUGGACAUGGUCCCCACUGCCACACAGAUUCCUACCGUCUUAUAUCCCGCCCUUAAUUCAUUUUGUCUGUGUGAACCCUGCCCCUGCCCUAAGGGUUUCUCAGAGAGGCUUCAGGGCUCUAGGUCCCUCACCACUGAAACAGCUUCAUUUUAAUUCGUUUUAAAUAUUGGCCUCUAAAUAAGAUUUCUCUGAAGAAAGGGUUUUCUGCUAGCAACAGUUUGAAGAUUUAGAUUAAAUAAUAAAUUCUAAAAUGUAACUUUUGAGCACCUGAAGGUAGAGGAAAGCCACUUUAAAAUUUUCUUUAGAUAGAAUUUAUAGGUAAUCUAUUGAAAGUCAAUUAUAAUAGCUUCUAACCAAAUUCUUAGAGACCAGUUAAUCAGGUGAGAUGAAAAACAUAAAAACGCAUGAAGGGAGUCAACAUUAAGUGAAAAAUUGAAAAAACGCAAGGCCAAAAGCAGAGACCAUUUGGGAAAGAGAACCAUUGAAAUGUGAAACAUUCAGUAAUAGGAGCAGUUGUGGGAAAGCAGUGGGAUGAGGCCUUAAUGGGAGAGUAGGCAGAAGUGAAAAGAAAAAGCAGCUAAGAAAUGGAAAGAUGGGGAUAAACUCUACGAGAGGAAGAAAGUGAAGCGAGGGAGAAAAGGGAAAGACCAGAGAUGCCAGAAAAACAAACUUCAAAGAAAUGGAAGCAAAAUUAGUGAAAACAUAAUAAAUGAAAAAGCAACCUUUAAAGAAACAUGAAGGGGAGGUUGAGGGUUUGUAGAGGCUAGAGCCCAUGUUUUGAUCGUUAACCUCCCAGUGACUUCAGAGUAAUAAUCAACCCUUUAUUUCUAUGCCAUGUAGGCCAAAUCCCUCAUAUGAAAGAUCCUAACCCAAACCUGAGUUCACUACUCUAUGUGCCACUCAGGAUCCCGGUCCUGCACGGGUCUCUGAGUGUUGAGACACAGGAUGCCCCUCUUUACCACUCUAAGCCCCAACUUGUUGAACUCUGCUCAGCCUGAACUCUACCUUCUUAGCAAAACCAAACAAGCAGAAGGAUUCUCCUGAGGAGCAAUAAUAUAUUCUUGGCCUCUCUCUGCGAGGCAUGUGGCUUGCCUGUUCCACUAAAGAGGAAAAAGCAUGAUGUUGUGAGAUAGUAAUAUCCAUUAUAAAUUAAAUAAUGAUAUAUGCAAAAGGAAAAGCCCUUUGCAAAGUAUAACAGUAAUAGCUACCGUCUGUUGAACCCGUGUCCCACACACUAUACCAAGCACCUUAUUGUCAAUAUAUAUCUCAUGUAAACUUUCCAUCUCUUCUAUAAGCACUAUUUAUUAUAUCUCAAUGUCUACAUAUAAUUUAUUCUUAUGAAAAGCUUGUAAUAAAAUGA